AUGCCCCUUGAAAAGGACCUUCUCCACCAGUCCACAAAAGAGGAGAUGAGGAAGCAUAAGAAGAAGUGCCUGGUGCAGAGCCCCAACUCCUACUUCAUGGAUGUGAAGUGCCCAGGAUGCUACAAAAUCACCACCAUCUUUAGCCAUACACGAACAGUAGUUUUGUGUGUUGGCUGCUCCACUGUUCUUUGCCAGCCUACAGGAGGAAAAGCAAGGCUUACAGAAGGAUGAUCCUUCAAAUGGCAGCAGCACUAAAAGCACCCUGAAUCUAGAUGAGUGGGAAACUAUCCUAAUAAACAUAUUUUGGAU